AUCUAUAGAUUACUAUAGAUUUAGAUCUAUAUUAUAUACCACUAAAUGACUUUUUAUACUUUACACUCGACGUUUAUACUAUUAGGCCACUUAGGGUAUAGGCCUACCACUCUUAGAUCUAGAAUAUUUUUCUAGAAUCUACAGAUUUUGGAUUUGGUUUGAUUUACUCAAACUUUGAAGUUGGAUGCUGACUAAUUCUUGAUCCACUCCACACUGAUGAUAAAGGAGUAUGUCUCAUGAAAUAAAAAGUACAUUGUCUUUAUGGAUAAUCAACAAAGACUGUGGGGUCGACUUUUGUCCAGGCUACGAUGGAGUCAACGUGCUGAUUACAGCUGUGCUCAGGUCUCUCAGACUAACCCAAACACAUCUCGGACCAAAUUCUGGCAACUGAUCAGAAGUAGGUCAGCACCUGUUCGAACCAUAACACCACCUCCUUUGGAGGUAAGUGUCAUUAGUGAACCAGGCAAUAAUGUCAACUGGCCAUCAGAAAAUAGUGUUCAUUUAGCAUUUAACAGGAGAUUAGCAGAGCAACAAGAGGGCUUCACCCCAAAAUGUCUAUCUGGCUUAAAUACCCAGACUUUGCUAAAUGGGCAAGGCUCUGUUGAAAAUUUCUCCAGAAAUUGCUGGUUAGAAAAUAACCUUCACAGAUUUGGGCAGUUUCCCUCUUCAGUCAGCACUGAUUUAGACAGUGAAGAUGAAAUAGAUACAGUGAACAAUGUACCUACUAGAAGCCAGCUGCGGAUGAGAACUUUCCAACGAGUAUUAAGAGCUAAUCAGUUAAUUAACAGUUUAUUGAGAAAUUCUUCUGUUGAUCAACCAGUACAGACCACAAGCACAAUUUUUGGAAACUCAAGUAUUUCCAACAUGAAUCUCUCUGGGUUUGCUUUUAACCCUGAAGCUAUGAUAGACGAACCGCCGCCUUAUUCUGAACUUCCAGAGGAUCCACCUCCAUCAUAUGCAGAAUCAACAAGGAUUGAAUAUCAAAGGCAUGCAGCAGAUAUACAAAUUGGUCAUUCUGAAUUGUUAACCAAUGCAGAUUAUCUUUAUUAAUAGUGUACUCGAAGAUUCAUUAACAAAAUUACUGUCUAAUGGAGGUAUAUCUAUAAUAUAGUCCUACUGAACAGGACCAGUUACUACAUAAUAUAAAUUAUUCAUAAUUAUAAUAGCCACAGGAAAUACUGCAUUCCUCAGUGACAAGCCUUAUUAUAAUCUGUUUGUAAAGUCAUUUAACCUACAUAUUGGUAUACUAUUAAUUGUGAAUGCUGGUAGAUCAGUAGCUUAUAUUACUUGUAAAAAAAAAAAAUUCAUUCUAUAAAAUGGAAGCUUAACAAUAUAACUUGUAAGAGAUCUAUGCAAUGUAAAUAAUAUACCAGUAUUUUACAUUUGUGAAUCAAAAUAGACGUACAGCCUUUUUUAAAAUAGAUUUUCUAGUUAAUUUAUAUUCAAUAAUGACUUUUUUUAAGAUAUCUUCUCUACUCUGUGAAAAUGUGAUGAAAACUUAUAUGCGAGGGUAAUGCCCAUUGGAUCCCAUUCACAUUUCAUAGCAUGGAGAUGUUUCUUCUGCAGCUCUUCCACAGUAGCAGUAGCAUAGUACCGGUAUAUGAAUGCUGCAUAGUUUUUGUAUGGGCACAUCAGUUAAUGAUCAGCACAGUCAAUAUAACAUGUUAUGCAAUGACAUAUUAGUUUGAACAAUUGAUCACAAACAAGACCCUUUUAUUCUUUGUUUCCUUUUUUAUACUAAUUUUAAUAUAUUAGUUGUUCAGCUUUUUAAAUACCCUACAAUUUUUCAAAAGCUUUAAUAAAGAUCCACGUAUGAAUGAAAAUAAUUACAUCUAAAGCAUGCUAUUUUAAGAAGAAAUAAAGGAGUUCUUGUAAAUAUAAUCUCUUUUAAAAAUAUGUUUAUAUGCAUAUUUUAGUUUUAAAAAGUGUAUAUUUUUAGUUCGUGGAGGUUAAGGCCCUUAGUAGACAAAGGGUCAUAAAUCUGGUGCUGUAUUUACUUACUUUGAGCAUGCACUUUAUAAUCAUGACAUUUUUGCCAGCCAUAAAAAUGGGGGGAAAAAAAACAAGUUUCUGACCCAUGGAAACUCAGAUGAAUUUUUAUCUCUUUGGUGGUUGCCCCAGUGCUGUAGCCCCACCCGCCCUCCCAUUGACCUAGUCCUAUGCACAACAAAUUAAAGCUAUUGUUUCUUAGAUGUACUGGGACUAUCUUUCACCUAUUUGCAUACCAUUAAAUGCAAGGGUAAAGCACUAGAUUUAACUGAAUGGUCACUAGUUUGAAUCCUGGUGAAUUUUAGGACAUCCUAUAGUCCUCUCCACUCCAAUGGAGCAUCCCUUACAGCACCUGACAUUAUUUGGGGGAAAAGAGCAAGAAGUAGUUUUGCUAGCCACAUGACACCCUUCCUAAAGAUCUACCAUAGAAAGAAAUACAUUUUAUAACACCACUCCCACCAGGGCCUGUCCUAACAAUUGCGGGCCCUAUGCGAAACUAAUUGCGCGGGGCCUAGUCUGGGUGGGAAUAAGGAUAAUAAUUGAAAAUUAAGAUUUUGUAUUAGAAAAAAAAUUUGACUUUGAAUUUGAUUCAUUCUUUUCUAAGUACAAAAUUGCGAUCAUAUUAAUUUUACUAUACGAAUCUUGCAACCUAUGACAUAUUUAUAUGCCAGUGACUAUGUAAGUAAAUAAAGUAUUGGACCUUCCGAUUAAGGUUAAAAUUCGCCCGAUUAUUACAUUUUCUUACAUGAAAGCUGACAAUGCCUUUUUUCUUUUAUCGCAUAGGAUUGACGUUUUCCACAAUGAAUGACACCAACAAAUGGCACUUUUGUCUAUUUUUCAGGAGCUUUUUAUAAGUUUUCAGGAGAUUUUAAUAAAUUCAGAAGAUUUCCAGGAAUUUUUUCUUAUAUAUUUUGCAAUUUAAUAAUUACACCUAGAAUUAGCGCGGGGCCCACUGCGACCGCAUAGGUUGCAGUGGCCUAAGACCGGCCCUGACUCCCACCAACAGCCAAGUUUUAAAGAAAUGCAAUAAAGAUUAUUCUAUAGCCAAUAUUUUUUUUUAUUGGUCAUUUGAAAUUGUUAAUUUGAAGAGGUUUGUACAAAAUAUGCCCUCUUUUUUUUUAUAAGACCAACUUAAUAUGGGUGUGUUAAACCAUUAUCUUGGUAAUGAGGCUUGACUGUACCAGUACAGGUAUUCAUUUACCAACAUCAACUGUUAAACUAAGAAAUUUAGUCUGUAUCAUUGUACAUAGGACUACAGGCAAAUACAAAAAUAUAUUGUUUUCAAAGUUUGUAUAUAUAUAUAUAUGUAACACUGUCACUAUGCAAUAAGUAACGUAUAUAGAUAAGUGAUGCUAAAAAAAAAAAAAAGAU